UCUCAAUCUUCAAGCACCCGGGAGGGAGGGGGAAAGAAAAAAAAAUCUCCCCAUCCAUAGAGAGUCUCCCACUUCCCAACUAAAGCUUGCAAUACAGUGAUGUUACAAGACUGACUGCUUUCAUUACAGGUCAAGGUUGCUGCAUUAGAAUAUCUCUUUCAACAAUCGGGUUGUAGUCCUUGCUGGAGAAGUAAUCUGACUACAAUCAAAAGAGACCAUAUGGAGUCUGGAGAGCGGUUAACAUCAUCAGCAGCCUCUUCCACUACAUCUACUUCAUUGUCAACGUCUUCUACACCUUCUGUAGCUUCGACAGUUUCUAAAGGUGGCCUUUCCACCGGAGUCACAUCUCUUAGCUCCACAAUCAACACCUGUGGACAUUUAUUCAGAGCAGCUGGGGAUCAACCGCUUACCCUGUCCACAGUGUCGAGUGCCUUCCCAAUGGUCAGCCACCCAGUCUUUGGUCUACACACAGCCAGCUCAGGGCAUUCAGAGUUUGGUGGUUUGGGAACACUUGGUACACCCACUGCCUUAGCCGCACAGCCCCACCUAGCAUCUUUUCCAGAAUGGUGGCGAGCAGCUGAUGUACACACACGUACAGGAGCAGCUUUCUUUCCACCCCUGCUGGGGAUUCCAUCACUGUUUGCUCCUCCAGCUCAGAACAAUGAUUCUGCUUCAUUCCAUUCAAGAACUGCCAGUAAAAAUAAUCGAGGCAGUUUAGAAAAAGGUGUGAACGGUUCAAUAAAUGGGAAUAGUACGUCAUCCGUAACUGGCAUCAGCACAUCUGUAUUAUCCACUACUGCUGCAAGUUCCACUGGACAAGCAAAGGUUGUCACCUCAGGUGGAGGAAGUCGAAAAUCUAACCAAGAACAAAGCAAAACUCAGCUUUUGGAUGCCAGGGCUGACAAAAUUAAAGAUAAGAAACCAAGAAAGAAAGCACUGGAAAGUUCCAGCAACAGUGACAGUGAUUCGGGCACAUCAUCAGACACCUCAAGUGAAGGCAUCAGUAGCAGUGAUUCAGAUGAUUUAGAGGAAGAUGAAGAGGAAGACGAUCAAAGUGCUGAAGAAAGUGAAGAUGAUGAUUCUGAUUCUGAGAGUGAAGCACAACAUAAGAACAACAAUAAGGUGCUAAUACAUGGUAUUACAGACCUGAAAACAGAUGGACAAAAACCACCUGAAAAGCCCCAGGAAAAAAGAACACACCAGCCGAUACCUCUUGUGUCUGAAUCCCAGACUCACACAUCAUUCCAAUCCCAGCAGAAGCAGCCUCAGGUUUUGUCACAGCAGCUUCCCUUUAUUUUCCAAAGCUCUCAGGCAAAGGAGGAAUCUGUGAACAAACACCCAAGUGUAAUACAGUCCACGGGAUUGGUGCCCAAUGUGAAACCUUUGUCUUUGGUAAAUCAAGCCAAAAAGGAAACUUAUAUGAAACUCAUAGUUCCUUCUCCUGAUAUACUCAAAGCAGGGAAUAAAAAUACCUCUGAAGAAACUAGCCCUCUGACCAGUGAAUUGCGAUUAAAACGGGAACAGUACAAGCAGGCCUUCCCAGCACAAUUAAAGAAACAAGAUCCUUCUAGAAGCCUGAAGAAGGUUAUUGCAGCUCUGUCAAGUUCAAAAGCAGCCUCCUGUUCACCAGCGCAUCCAAAACAAACACCUUUAGAAAACAACCACUCUAAUCCAUUCUUGACAAAUGCACUUUUAGGUAAUCACCAACCUAAUGGAGUUAUUCAAAGUGUCAUCCAAGAAGCUCCUCUAGCACUUACCACCAAAUCUAAAGCCCAGAGUAAAAUUAAUGAAAAUGUAGCUACUUCUAGUAGCACCUCUUUUUCCUCACCAGUAAAUUUAAGUACAAGUGGGAAAAAAACCCCUGGCAAUCGAACACCUAUCAUUCCUUCUACCUCUCCUGUACUGCAUGGUCCAGGGAAGGAAAAAGCUGUCGGCAAUAAUGUAAUAACUACAGUAAAAACACAGCAUCGCCUUCAUUCGACAAAAUCCUUAGUGGAUCAAUUUAGAGGAACGGAUUCAGAUAUUCCCAGCAGCAAAGACUCUGAUGACUCCAAUGAUGAAGAUGAUGAGGACGAUGACGAUGAAGAUGAUGAGGAUGAGGACGAUGAAGAUGAUGAUUCGGAUGACAGCCAAUCAGAAUCCGACAGCAAUUCAGACUCUGAUACCGAAGGGUCAGAAGAUGAGGAUGAUGAGGAUGAUAAAGACCAAGAUGACUCUGAUAGUGAUACUGAAGGGGAAAAAAUUUCAAUGAAACUGAACAAAACCACUUCUUCUCUCAAAAGCUCUUCCAUCAAUCUCACAGCUCACUCAACACCACUUAAUCUCCAAGUAGCAAAAACUCCAGGCUCUGCUCCAGCUGCCUUAUGUCCUGAAUCUCAGUCACCGGUUUUUCUUGGAACUCCUUCGUCUACACUUUCUACAAGUCCACACUGUGGUACUUCAAAAAGGAGAAGGGUAACAGAUGAGCGGGAGCUGCGUAUUCCUCUGGAAUAUGGUUGGCAAAGAGAGACAAGAAUAAGGAACUUUGGAGGACGGCUUCAAGGAGAAGUAGCAUAUUAUGCUCCAUGUGGAAAGAAACUUAGACAGUACCCUGAAGUAAUAAAGUAUCUCAGCAGAAAUGGAAUAAUGGAUAUCUCAAGGGACAAUUUCAGCUUCAGUGCAAAAAUAAGAGUGGGUGACUUCUAUGAAGCCAGAGAUGGACCACAGGGUAUGCAGUGGUGUCUUCUGAAAGAAGAAGAAGUCAUUCCUCGUAUCAGGGCAAUGGAAGGUCGUAGAGGACGACCACCAAAUCCAGAUAGACAGCGUGCUAGAGAAGAGUCCAGAAUGAGACGGCGUAAAGGUCGACCCCCAAACGUUGGCAGCACGGAAUUUUUAGACAAUACGGAUGCCAAACUGCUUAGGAAACUGCAAGCUCAAGAAAUAGCAAGGCAAGCAGCACAAAUAAAGCUUUUGAGAAAACUUCAGAAGCAGGAACAGGCUCGAGUUGCCAAAGAAGCAAAAAAACAGCAAGCAAUUAUGGCAGCUGAAGAAAAACGGAAGCAAAAAGAACAAAUAAAGAUAAUGAAGCAACAGGAGAAAAUUAAGAGAAUACAGCAAAUCAGAAUGGAAAAAGAGCUUCGAGCCCAGCAAAUUUUAGAGGCUAAAAAGAAAAAGAAGGAAGAAGCGGCAAAUGCCAAAUUAUUGGAGGCCGAGAAACGAAUAAAGGAAAAAGAGAUGAGGAGGCAGCAGGCUGUUCUUCUGAAGCAUCAGGAGUUGGAGAGGCAUAGACUAGAUAUGGAACGAGAGAGACGGCGUCAGCAUAUGAUGCUUAUGAAAGCUAUGGAAGCUCGUAAAAAAGCUGAAGAGAAAGAACGAUUAAAGCAAGAAAAGCGUGAUGAAAAAAGAUUGAAUAAAGAACGUAAACUAGAGCAACGGAGAUUGGAAUUAGAAAUGGCAAAGGAACUAAAGAAGCCUAAUGAAGACAUGUGCUUAGCAGACCAGAAGCCUUUGCCAGAGUUGCCUCGCAUUCCAGGCCUUGUCCUUUCUGGAAGUACAUUUUCGGACUGUCUUAUGGUGGUACAAUUCUUACGUAACUUUGGCAAAGUUCUUGGCUUUGAUGUGAACAUUGAUGUCCCAAGCCUGAGCGUUCUUCAGGAAGGAUUGCUCAACAUAGGGGACAGCAUGGGAGAAGUGCAAGAUUUGCUCGUGAGACUUCUCUCAGCUGCAGUGUGUGAUCCAGGUCUAUUAACAGGAUAUAAGGCCAAGACAACUCUUGGGGAGCAUUUAUUGAAUGUUGGUGUCAACCGGGACAAUGUUUCUGAGAUCCUGCAGAUUUUUAUGGAAGCUCACUGUGGACAAACUGAACUUACAGAAAGUCUUAAGACCAAAGCCUUCCAGGCACACACUCCAGCUCAAAAAGCAUCAGUGCUUGCUUUUCUUAUUAAUGAACUAGCAUGCAGUAAGAGUGUUGUGAGUGAAAUUGACAAGAACAUUGAUUACAUGUCAAAUUUAAGAAGAGAUAAAUGGAUGGUGGAAGGGAAACUUCGCAAGCUUAGAAUCAUUCACGCCAAGAAAACGGGCAAAAGAGACACUUCAGGUGGAGGCGAUCUAGGGGAAGAGCAACAUUCCCUGGGCACACCCACCGCAAGCCGCAAACGCAGGCGAAAGGGAGGAGACAGUGACUAUGACGACGAUGAUGACGAUGACAGUGAUGACCAAGCCGAUGAAGACGAUGAAGAUGAAGAAGAAAAAGAUGACAAAAAGGGGAAAAAGACAGAUGUUUGUGAUGAUGAGGAUGAUGGUGAUCAGGCAGCAAGUGUUGAAGAGCUGGAGAAACAGAUUGAAAAACUCACUAAGCAACAGAGCCAAUACCGAAGGAAGCUGUUUGAUGCUUCCCACUCUCUGCGUUCCAUGAUGUUUGGUCAAGAUCGUUACAGACGCCGGUAUUGGAUCUUGCCCCAGUGUGGGGGUAUUUUUGUGGAAGGCAUGGAAAGUGGUGAAGGUCUGGAAGAAAUUGCAAAAGAAAAAGAGAAGCUAAGAAAAGCUGAAAGUAUCCAAAUCAAAGAAGAAAUGUUUGAGGUUUCUGAGGACAAAUUAAACUGUUUAAACACAGGUCACUGUGAGCAAAAAGAAGACCUUAAAGAAAAAGAUAACACUAAUCUAUUUCUGCAGAAGCCAGGCUCUUUUUCCAAACUAAGCAAACUGCUAGAAGUAGCAAAGAUGCCUCCUGAAUCAGAUGUUGUAAUCCCCAAACCAAAUGGAAGUGCUGCAAAUGGGUGCACACUAUCUUAUCAAAACAACACCAAAAAUUCACUCUGCAGCCUUCAAACAUCAGCAUCCCAAGUCAACUCUGAAAAGGCAGACUCUAAUGCUCUAUUUAGCCCAGUUUCAAGUGGGCCAGGGAAAUUUUACAGUCCACCAUUAAUCCCAAAUGACCAAUUGCUAAAAACCCUAACAGAGAAGAGUAGGCAGUGGUUCAGCCUUCUACCAAGAACACCUUGUGAUGAAACAUCAGUUACCCAUACUGAUGCAUCCCCUGCUACUUCUUCAGUGGCUCCUCAGUCUCAACCACCAUCUAAAUCACCUUCUCCUGUCCCAUCACCUCUUCUUAGCUCAUCGUCUGCUCAAACUCCCAUGGGACUAAGUCCAUUUACUCUGACACCACUUCAGAUAAAGAGUGGAUUACCAAUAAUGGGACUUCAGUUCUGUGGAUGGCCCACGGGAGUUCUUACUUCAAGUCUUCCAUUUACAUCUCCUUUAUCAAGUUUAGGUUCAGGGUUGGGUCUGUCAGAAGGAAAUGGUAAUUCAUUUUUGACCCCCAAUGUUCCUUCAGCUAAAAGUGAAUCACCAGUGCCACCAGGUGAAAAGGCAGCUUCCGCUGUCCCUGCAGCAGUUGAAGUAGCCAAACCAGUAGAUUACCCUAGUCCAAAACCCAUUCCGGAAGAAAUGCAGUUUGGUUGGUGGAGAAUUAUUGACCCAGAGGACUUAAAAGCUUUGCUCAAAGUGCUACAUCUCAGGGGAAUAAGAGAAAAGGCCUUACAGAAACAAAUACAGAAACACUUGGACUAUAUAACCCAGGCCUGCAUCAAGAAUAAAGAUGUUGCUAUCAUUGAAAUAAGUGAAAAUGAGGAAAACCAAGUUACUCGCGACAUUGUAGAGAACUGGUCAGUAGAAGAGCAGGCUAUGGAGAUGGACCUGAUUAUUCUACAGCAGGUGGAAGACUUAGAAAGGAGAGUCGCAUCAGCUAGUUUACAAGUUAAGGGUUGGAUGUGUCCAGAGCCUGCCUCAGAAAGGGAAGACCUGGUAUAUUUUGAACAUAAAUCACUUACUAAAUUAUGCAAGGAGCACGAUGGAGAGAGUGCAGGAGGAGACGAAGGAGGUGCCAGUGCUCUAGAACGGAAGAGUGACAACCCUCUAGAUAUAGCUGUAACCAGGCUGGCUGAUUUGGAGCGGAACAUAGAGCGAAGGUAUCUGAAGAGCCCCUUAAGUACCACCAUUCAGAUCAAACUGGAUAAUGUGGGCACAGUUACUGUCCCUGCUCCUGCACCAUCCAUUAGUGGUGAUGGUGACGGAAUUGAAGAGGAUAUUGCCCCAGGGCUCAGGGUAUGGCGAAGGGCAUUGUCAGAAGCUCGCAGUGCUGCCCAGGUAGCUCUGUGCAUUCAGCAGUUACAGAAAUCAAUAGCAUGGGAAAAAUCAAUUAUGAAAGUUUAUUGCCAAAUCUGCCGAAAGGGAGAUAAUGAGGAGCUGCUGCUUCUUUGUGAUGGCUGUGAUAAAGGAUGUCAUACUUACUGCCAUAGACCGAAGAUCACUACUAUACCAGAUGGUGACUGGUUUUGUCCGGCCUGCAUUGCUAAGGCAAGCGGUCAAACCCUAAAAAUUAAAAAACUGAGUAUCAAAGGGAAAAAAAGUAAUGAACAAAAGAGAGGCAGAAAGCUCUCUCUGACCGGAGAAACUGAAGAUGAAGAUUCUGCGACCACAAGUAGCUCUAUAAAGAGAGGAAGUAAAGACCCCAAAAAGAGAAAAAUGGAAGAAAAUAUUCCAGUCACCCUCAUAAAACAAGAGAGCUUCAGUCCUCUUAAGAAACCUAAAAGAGAUGACUCUAAGGACCUGGCUCUCUGCAGCAUGAUCCUGACUGAAAUGGAAACUCAUGAAGAUGCAUGGCCUUUCCUCCUUCCUGUAAACUUGAAACUCGUUCCUGGGUACAAGAAGGUUAUUAAGAAACCUAUGGAUUUUUCUACCAUUAGAGAAAAAUUGAGUAGUGGACAGUACCCUAACCUUGAAACCUUUGCUCUAGAUGUCAGGCUUGUUUUUGACAACUGUGAAACCUUUAAUGAAGAUGAUUCUGACAUAGGCAGGGCUGGCCACAACAUGAGGAAAUAUUUUGAAAAAAAAUGGACAGACAUUUUCAGAGUGAGCUGAAGUUUCAGAACUCCUUUCCCUUACUCCCCUCCCACCCCCAUUAAACGAGGACAAAUGAGACCAGCAAUGUGAACUGUUAUUUACGUAAAAGUGCAAAGGCGCACACAUAAUUAAUGACUGUUUUUUUUUCCUUUAAAACGUAUCGCAGAAGAGUGAUACUAAUUCUAAAGGCUUCACUCCUACAGCAACCAUGGCCCUUGGUUAUUGGUUUGUGUGUUUUGUCAACUGAUUUAGGUAGAACAGGGAAGCACACCCAAAGAAUUUUCAAAGAAAGGGGUGUUCUAGUGCAAUAGCAAUGAAAUAUAUCAAACCGCACUGAAUAUUCAACCACCAGAGCUCUACUUGGGGAAUGGUUCUCCUUUCCCUCUCAAUAAAUAUCUAUUUUUCAUUUUUUUACUUUGUAGUUUAUUUUUUAGUGAAUGUAUUUAAUUUUAUGAAUUAUUUAUGAUUAAACCGCAUCCAGAAUCUUCGUUUUCUGUGAAAAGGAAGAAUUAGAAAAUUGCUUUAAAUCUUGAAAAUACAACAAGGAAUGUUUUAAAAUAUAAAACAAAGCCAAGUAAAACUGUUUACACUGAUGUGCUAUAAAAGCACUAAAAAUUAAACUUUACUGUAGAGUUACAAGUACAUUUAUAUAUAUGUUGCUGCAUCACUUGUGUAGUUAAAUUGUAUUUCAGGACCGUGAAGAAAAUUGAGACAUAUGUAUAUACUGUUCAUUAUUGUUUAUAUUAAGUCUUGUUUUAAAUAUGUAUGAUGUGUACAUAUUGUUUGCAGACAUUAUUGUUUAUGCCUUAGAAGGAUUGUAGCAUUUUAUUUUAGUCUUAAGGUAAUUAUAGAUAUGCAGCUUGUACAGUAAUUAUCCUCUACCAACACUGUGGAGUCUCCUUAAUCUUGGUAGUGCCUGCCUUUAAAACAGGGUGUAGGGGAUAUUAGUUUUCCAUUUUUUCUAUUUUGUUAUAUAAUUUCAAGCCACCAGGGCCUCAAAUUCAAGUAUAUAAUCAUUUGUAUCCAUGUGGAAUAAAAUUGUGACAAUUUCCUACGCACACAGUAUUUUUUCAUAGAAACAUUUCCCUCCAUUUGCCUUGCCACAGAAAUAAAUUUAAAAAAGACAUUUGUAACCACUGUGUUUUAUCUACUGUGUGUUGUGGUGGCCUGUUGGAGGCAGGUAGAUCAGAAUUUUUUUUGUACCUAUGUAAGAGUACUUGAAGUUUUAUUUAAAACAAAAUGUUGUGGAAAAGUUAGCAUUCUUUUUUUUUUAGGAGUGUUAUUUUUCACUAGUAUGUGUGGCACGGAUACAAUAAAAAACAGUUUUACAAAUCA